AUGUCAUUGAAAAAAGGGAAAUUUUAGCACAAUUAAUCCAAAUCUUUAUGGAAUUACACUCUUUCUCCUGGAUGGAGAGAAGAAGAAGUCAAAAUUCUUAAAAGCGCAUUAUAAUUAUUCGGUAUUGGAAAAUGGAAAAAAAUCAUGGAAAGUGGUUGUUUGCCUGGUAAGAGUAUUGGUCAAAUUUACAUGCAAACUCAACGUCUUUUAGGGUAGCAAUCUUUGGGUGAUUUUAUGGGAUUGCAGAUAGAUUUAGAGGCUGUUUUUAACCAAAAUAUGAAGAAAUAAGAUGUUCUAAGAAAGAAUAAUUGUAUCAUUAAUACAGGAGACAACCCAACAAAAGAAGAAAGAAAAAGAAGAAUAGAAUAAAAUAGAAAAAUAUAUGGACUUUCUGCAAAAUAAAUUGCUGAAAUUAAAUUACCAAAGGUGAAGAAACAUGCACCUUAAUAUAUGACUUUAGAAGAUAUUGAAAAUGAAAAGUUUACUAAUUUAGAAAUUUUAACUCAUUUGUACAACUUGAAGGCUGAAAUAGUGAGACGUUUAGCUGAAUAAGGUGAAACAAUAGCUUAGCCUAGUAUUAUCAAAAGCUUAAAUAAUUUAAAUCAUAAUCUUGAAUAAAAUUAAAAUUCUAAUUCUUCAACUGAAACAAAAGUAACUUUAGAGUAAUCAGGCAAAAAGAAAUAUAAGGUGUUAGCCAUCGAGGAAACUGAAUUAUAAAAUGGCCCAAUAGCCACUAACUCCUAAAAGAAAUCAAUUAAUGGUAAAAGAAAAAAUAACAGGAAAAUAAAUUCUGAUUCCGAAGGCAAUGAAGAAGAUAUUUCAUUGGAAGACAUCGACAGUUAGGAAUCUGAAAUAAAUAGUGAAGAAAUUGUAGAAGAUGAUGAAGAAGAUGAACAAAUAGAAGAGCCUUCUAAAAUUAAAAAGAGAAAGAAAAAUCCUGAACAAGAAAGUGAAGAAGAUGAUAUAGAAGAAGAUCAAGAAGAAGAUGAAUUAGUUGUAAAUGAAGAGGAAAUAUUUGAAGAUGAUGACGAUGAUGAAGAUAAUUAAGACAGUUCUGAGGAUGAUGACGACGAUGAAGACUGA